AUGGCCGCAAGCACCGCAGUAAUCUCAAUGAACAAUUUCGAGCUGGGCGGAUUGAUAUUACAUGUCGGUAAAGCUGUGAUAGGGGGUCCACUUAGUGAAGGUAUGAAAGCAAUCGAGAAGUUACCACCGCUUCCACCGGGCUCAAAUCCCACUCCAGUGCAUGCGCCUUCAUCACCGUCAGUAUCAGCAGCAGCCGCAGCUGUUAAAGCGCAGAAUGCAGCCGCGAAGAUUGCGGCAGACCUUGCGGCUAGAGGACAGGCUGCCGUUGAAUCUGUUGCUCAAGAGGAGAAUAUUAUUAUAAGUGCAAGUCAGCGUUAUGCGAUCAUGCAAAAAUUAGCGAGACAAGAGGCAUCCCCGGUUGUAUUGAUACGUAACGCCGUAGCACCUGCCGAUGUCGACGAAUCGUUGGAAGAAGAAUUCAAAGAUGAGUGCAGCAAUUUUGGAAAAGUCGAGAGCGUUGUCAUACAUACAGACCCUGAAGAAGUGUUCGAAGGCGAACGUGGGUUAGUUAAGAUUUUCGUGCAAUUUGUGGAUGGAUCAGGUGCUGAGAAAGCUAAAGAGAAAUUAGAUGGCCGGUGGUUUGGCGGUCGUCGUAUUAGAGCUUCGUUAUUUGAUUUAAAAAAAUUUCAAUCUGGUGACUAUUCUUAA